GGACGGCGAGAAGUCGUCUUACCGUCCGAGCUAUCACGAGUGUCAUGUAGGCGAACGCUCCGAUUCUCAUUAUUCUAAUUGUCAACGCGGCGCCGCGCCUACGAAUGCAAUCGCGUUCGCGAUACGCGCGUGCAUUAUGUGAUAACGCAGUCAAACCACGGUGUACGCACUCAUGCACUACGUCGCGCGAGGCUCUACGCAGGCACCGUGCUUGUAAACAUUAACGUGUAGCCCACAUUCUCACGCAUCGUGUCAUAUGUGCCAGCGGGUCUUCCGUUAUGAAUGCUUAGCAGUAACAGAGGUGCACCAGGCGUAUCGGGGAAUGCAUUUGAUUGCUGGGUUCAAAAGUCUAUGCAUGACGAUUCUGCCAUCAUAAAGAUGCAGUACCAAUUUUGGGUGAGAAAACAAGCCUUGUCCCAGAAAUUAGGGAAAAAGGAGGAUGAGUGUAUAGUUGCUUCGGAUGCUGAGCUGGAUGCAAAACUAGAAUUGUUCCGCAGUAUCCAAGAUUCCUGUUCCUACUUACAAAGGGUUAUCGAUAGAUACCAAGAAAGAUUAUGCAAUUUAGCCCAGGAGGAAAAUGGAAUGGGACGUUUCUUGAAAGAUGCUGGGAAGCAAGACAAAACUCGCGCCGGCAAGAUGAUGUCAGCAGUUGGCAAAUCUCUAUCUUACUCCAGUCAGCAGAGGCUUGCGUUGAGAGCUCCACUGGGCCGAUUGUAUCAAGAAGUGGAAACAUUUAGACAAAGAGCUAUCGAAGAUACAUUGCAAAAUGUGCAAGCGAUGGAAAAGGCCCGUACGGAAUACCGAGCCGCUUUGUCAUGGAUGAAAAAUAUUUCUCAAGAUUUAGAUCCAGAUACGUCCAAACAACUGGAAAAAUAUAAAAAAGUUCAAGCACGUGUCAAACAGGGCAAAAUAGUUUUCGACAAUCUGGCCCUUGACUGUCUUCAGAAAGUUGAUUUGCUAGCGGCGGCAAGAUGUAACAUGUUCAGUCAUGCCUUAGUUUUAUACCAAACCACACUCUUGAAUUUCACAAAGAAAUCUGCGCAAGCGUAUUCUACAAUAGCCAAUAGCUUCAAAGGCUAUCAACGUUACGACUUUACGGUUGUACGAGAACUGGCUGAAACCUCCAGUAAAUUAGCGCAGGAGACUGGUGGCGACGACGAUUUGGAAGACAAGGAUAAAUUACCCUUUUUUGACAUGGACUAUCAUGAUGACGUUGAAGAAGCUCAAGAGGCUACCGCAAAUUCGGAGAACACGUCGGAAAAAAACAAGAAAGAUGAGAAGCUCUUAGACAUAGAUAAUGAGCCAAAAGAUACAUUGAUAAAUUUGGAUACGAGCACAAAUUCUUCGAGAAACGGAAUCGUGCAUAAUACCAACGAUACAGAGAACGAUAGAAGUCUCGAGGAGUUCUUUGGGAAUCUUAGCCUCGAGAAAGACGCGUCCAAUAAUACACAACAAUCGAUUAAUAAAACAGAGAAAACUAGUCAUACUGUAUUCAGUAAAAGCUCUGAAGAACAGAAAUCAGUAAUGGAUAUAUUCGGGGAGUGUAACACUGAUUUUAAUUUGGCCGAUUUGUCUCCCUUAUCAUCGGAGGCUCGACAACAGCAAUCGUUAAAUUUAUUGGCCUCCGAAAGCGCGGUGCUUUUUGACGAGAUUCUAAACGAUAAGCAACAAAGCGCGAACAGUGACUGGGAAGGUAUAUCACAUGAUACUUUUCUACCGCCGAAUAUUUUGAAACAGAGUUUAGGAGACGCGGCGUUGGGUAUGGGACAGAAAAGUACUGCUAGUAACACGGACGACAAAAAAAAAAAAAGACUGGAAAGCAGAAAGGUAACUCGUGGUUGGAUUUAUUCGCAGAAUUGGAUCCAUUGGCUAACAAUCCAAUGGAGAAUCUUUCCGGUGACAGUAAUGCUUCUGCUUAAUUCAUAAUGCAUUUUAAUAGUAUCGUCUUGUUCACUUGAUAUUUGAAACAAUAAGGAAAACUGAUCAAGCUAUCAUUUAUUAUCAAUAAGUGAUGCCAUGAGCACAUAAUUCACAGCAUUUUCACUUCAUACAUUUUUGUAUCAAUAAUUAUCGGUUUGUAAACUUUUAUAUUUAAUAACAUUCCAGAUUUAUUUUUAAUGGAAACGUCAUAAGAAUCAAAACUCUUUGAAUUACAUAAUUUUUCAUAUAAGCUAAAAAACAGAUACCAAAGAUAUAAAAUGUAAUGUUUAUUAAACAUUAUGCACACUA